UUGCCCGGCGCCCCGAUGAACCUCGUCUCGAUGGCGGCCGUGGGGCCGGUGGCGGAGCCGGAGCUGAAGUGGGCCUCCCUCUGGCUCCGGGCCCGCUGGGCGGUGCUGCUGCUGGCGCUGCUGGCGGCCUCCCUGGGGGUGCUGCUCCCGGCGCUGCUGGUGGAGGAGCAGCGGCAGGCCGUUGUCAAGGGCUGGGCCUUCCUCAGGAGCAAGCUGGGGCUGGGCUACGUGGGCGUCGCCACCUGCCCCGGGCAGACCACGGACCUCAGCGUGACCUCCGGCGGGUUGGAGCUGCUGGUGCUGAAGCCCAAAGUCUCCCCAGAGGUCAGAUUAGAAGCCAGAGCGGCACUGCACCAGGCUGUGGAGAUGAAAAGGCAGGGGAAGCGGGAGAAAGCUCACAAGCUCUUUCUGCACGCGCUCAAGAUGGACCCGGACUACGUCGAUGCCUUGACGGAGUUUGGCCUCUUCUCCGAAGAGGAGAAAGACAUCGUUCAGGCGGACUACCUGUACUCCAAGGCCUUAACCAUCUCCCCGCACAACGAGAAGGCUCUGAUCAGCCGCGACCGGACGCUUCCCCUUGUGGAAGAGAUUGACCAGAGGUACUUCAGCAUCAUUGACAGCAAGGUCCAGAAGGUCCUGUCUAUCCCCAAAGGCAACUCCGCCCUGCGGCGGGUGAUGGAGGAGGCGUACUAUCACCACAUUUACCACACCGUGGCCAUUGAGGGGAACACCCUGACGCUGGCGGAGAUACGCCACAUCAUUGAGACCCGAUACGCUGUUCCCGGAAGAAGUCUGGAAGAGCAGAACGAGGUCAUUGGCAUGCACGCGGCGAUGAAAUACGUCAACGCCACCCUUUUAUCUAGGACAGGAUCCGUCACCCUCGCUGACGUGUUAGAAAUCCACAGGAGGGUGCUUGGCUACGUGGACCCUAUAGAAGCGGGGAGAUUGAGGACUACCCAGGUGUUCGUCGGACACCACAUCCCGCCCCAUCCGCUUGACGUGGAGAAGCAGAUGCUGGAAUUUGUGCAGUGGAUCAACUCCGAGGACGCUGUGAGCCUGCACCCGGUAGAAUUUGCUGCUCUGGCCCAUUACAAGCUGGUGUACAUCCACCCGUUUGUAGAUGGCAAUGGGAGGACGUCCCGGCUCUUGAUGAACCUUAUCCUCAUGCAGGCCGGCUACCCCCCGAUCACCAUCCGGAAGGAGCAGCGGGCAGAGUAUUACCACGCCUUGGAGGUGGCCAACGGAGGGGACGUCCGGCCGUUCAUCCGCCUGAUUGCCAAAUGCACCGAGACGACCCUCGACAUGCUGCUCUUUGCCACCACAGAGCAUUCCGUGGGCCUUCCCGAAGCCCACGGCGGCGGCACCGGCACAGACUGCAAACAGACCGUCUCGCUCAAAACUCAGGGCUGAACAUUGGUAGUGAACGACACCCCUGGGGAGAAGAGCUGGAAAAGCACUUUCUGUAAAGCAUUUCACUUAUUUAAUUAUGUCUUAAGUUAAAUCUUUUAAUGCAGUGACCUCUCAAUAUUUAUUACCCCAUAAUAAGCCCGAUGUAACCUGUCUAAUUUUAUUACAAAAGGGAGCAGGCCAGCUUGAUGCCAUAGGACUGCUUUUCUUGCUAAUGUUAGCCAGUUACAGUCAAGCAGGACUAUUUUAGCUGGGAGGAUCCUGCCCAUAGUGAACUUCCCGGCCAAAGAUGGUCAGAUAUGGAAAAUGUGGCUGUUAAUGUUAUGCAGUGAAGUCUGGCUGAGGAGUUCAUUGGUGUGCUUAGCAAACUGGUGCAGUUAUGGUGCAGUUCAGUUUGCUAACACGUGGGGAGGCCCAAACUCCACCCCUUCGGGAAAGGGGGAAGGAAACUUGUGCGAAUCCCACAAAGCUGCGGUUUAAAUCCACGCCCCCCCCCCAUUUGUGUAAGCUUCAAAUCUAAAACCAGACCGGCUUCCUGUAUGCCAGUGCCUUGGUAGGGACCUAACUUGUAUUUGUACUGAACUGUGCCUUAGCUCUUCCCCUGUCACCCUUCCAGCAGAACCACUCCAAAAAGAUGUCUCCAUUUGGGCCAGGGCCUUUGGACUGCUACUUAAAAACAAAACCAUGGGAAGCCAAACAAUGCACAAUACCACAGCAAGGUCUACUGUUUGGAAGUUGAAGAGCUGUACCACUGUAUAGCGCACGUUUGCUCUGUGGCUCUGGUGUGGUAUUGUCUGUGCAAAACAAACUAUAAAGCCUCAAAAAGCAAAAAGUUGAAGGGUUUCUUAAAAGCCUUCUUUGAUAGCACUUUACUUUUAUUCUACUUGGAAUGUGAAAACGUUGCCCCAGAUUUCAAAGGAGAAAAGGGUGAGAUGUGUGUGCCUUCGUUAAGCUGCAAACUGAGCAUGCACACCAGUGUUUCUCAACCUUGGCAGCUUUAAGAUGCGUGGACUUCAACUCCCAGAAUUCUGCAGCCAGCAUGGCUGGCUAGGGAAUUCUGGGAGUUGAAGUCCACGCAUCUUAAAGUUGCCACGGUUGAGAAACACUGAUCCUCACACACAAUCUGUGCCACUGAAUGUGUCCCUGACCCUGUUCCGCUCACAUUCUUGGCUCACCCAGUUUGCCACCUCGGUUGUCCCCUUGAAGAACCACCCUUGGAAAGACACAGAUGUGUUCGAGAGGUAGGAUCAAAUCUUCACUCCUCAGGUCCGUCCAGACUUCAGAGAGGGUGGCUGCCCUUUAGUCCUAUGUUUAAGGGGAGACUGGCAGGUACCACCACAAUGCAGUGUUUGAAAUAUGAGCAGCACCUGACAAUGCUUUUGCACGAAAGUUUUGCAAAGUCUGUGCAUAUUUGGUUGCAAUAAAGAGAUUUCCUG